AUGCUUCAUGUCGUAAUACUCACAUUUUACAUCAUUACUAUAAAACUUGGGCUUCCUACUCCAAUAAAGAUUUAUUUCGGUGUUGAUAUUGAUGGUACAUUUUAUGUAGAAGAUCCUGAAAAAUUCAAGAAUAACGUCGAGGCUUUUAAAAAUCUAAAACAGAAUAAUAUAGUUCCCUUUUUCUGUACAGGUAGGGUUCUUAGUAGCGCAAUGAAGGUAGUCGGUGAUAACUUUCAGGGUGAAACAGGAUACAAUGGUUAUCCUGGUGUUUAUGCCAACGGAGCAUUAGUUUAUGACUCUGAUGGAAAUAUAAUAAGUCAUUCAGAUUUUUCUGAAGAAUUCCUUAGGAAAUUCGUACAAUACAUUAUCGAAAAUAAUCUAGAUGAUAUCACAAUAUUUAAGGGAGCUGAUAGCUUCUACAUAAUCAAGGAUUUAAGGGAAGGGUUUAUUGAUAAUGGAAACGAAACGAAAGUGGUUAGUGUUGAAAAAAUAUUACCUGAAGAUCUUUACAAGAAAAAAAUAGUCAUCAUCAACAUCAACAAUAAUAUAAACCUAACCGAAUUCGAUGGGUCGUUUUUUGCAAAAGUCUCAUCAAAUGGGAAAACGUCCCACCUUUUCCCUAAAUGUGUUUCCAAAGAAUACGGAACAAAAAAGCUUUUCGAUCAUCUAAGUAUGGAUUUCGAUAGUUGUUCAUUUGUUGGAAAUGGGAGAAACGAUAUGGAAAUAAUGAAAUCAUGCAAAUUUUCGUAUGCGGUAGCUGAUGCUGUAGAUGCAGCAAAAGAAGGGGCUAAAAAGAUUCUAACUAAAAAACAUGAUGACGGGGGAUUUGUAGAGGCUGUUGAUUCAUUAAUUAGUGAUAUGGUAAAACAAGAUCAAUCGGCUCUAGUAGAACUUGCCGAUUCUUAUGCCUAA